AGGAAUUCCGUUUGAAGGAAAAUAAAUCAACAACCAGGAAGUUAAACAGAGGAGGAAACGUAUCCGCUGUGUUGGAACAGCUAAACUCUCAAGAUAUCUAAAUACUUUUAAAGUUGUUGUUUUUUUAGACAGCCUGAAGUGAAAGAAAGUCGAGCCGCCGGGUUGUGGUCCGAGGGAAGAGUCUCCAACAAGAUGGACUUUGAUCCGGAGCGAGGAGACGAGGCGGAAGAGCCAAAGGGCAAGGUGCAGACCUUGAAGGACCAGGUGGAUGGAGUGAAAAACAUCAUGACUCAGAACGUGGACCGGAUCCUGGCCCGAGGAGAGAGACUGGAUGACCUCAUGGGCAAGUCGGAAGACCUGCAAGCAGGGGCUCAGCACUUCAAGCAGACGUCUCAGAAAGUGGCUCGCAGCUACUGGUGGAAGAACGUGAAGCUGGUGGUGAUCAUCGUGGUGGUCGUCCUCAUCGUCAUCCUCAUCAUCAUCCUGCUGGCCACCGGAGUCAUCCCCGUCGGUGCCACCGUGCCUCCUCUAGUCAAUCCCACCCCCAAGCAGCCAUAAACACCAAAAUAAUGUAAAUACAAUCAACAAACACAUUGUUAUUGCACUGUAUGCAAAGUAAUAUAUAGACUGGAGCAAAUAACUGCUGUCUGGUGACAUCUUUUCUUCUUCCGCGUUAGUUUCUACUGGUUACUUUCGUGCUUUUAGUGGAAUUCAAGGACUUUAAUGGCACAUAGUUUUUGAAACUCUUAAAAGCACCAUUCCAGCGUAGCCAUUCAUGAAUUUGUGGGAAAUGGAACAAGAUCCGAGGCCCGACGGCAGCGACAAGCCCAGUCCCUGUUCUCCGAGGACGCCACGCAGCAGCUCCUCUUUGUUGAACCGCUUCACCACCAACGGUUAUCGCGUCGGUGGUGAACGGUCAAAGAGAGAGUCCCUUUUUUAAUGUGUGUUACCUUAAUGUGUGCGAGAGGAAAUGAUGAAAGUGGAUUUCUCAAGUCUCUUACGAGACAUUAUUUUGGCCUUGAUCGUUCUCACUUCUGCACCUUUUGUUACAAGGGGCCGUUUGUAUCGUAUGAAAGAUGAAGUUUCUAAUGGAAAUCCGGCAAUGCGUUGUUGCUUUUUUUGCCGUUUAAUUUGAAACAAUUUUAGGUCACUCUAUAUUUUGAUAAAACGCUGAAUUGUGUGUUGGAUAUGUCGGUCACCAUUUGUGGGCUUACUUUUCAAAGUGCUUCCAAUCUCUUUGUAGUCAGAAAAUCUAGAAAAAGUAAUUAUCCAGAGAAAUUAUUUUAAAAAUGUAUACACUUGGUACUUCAUGCUUCGCGUUUGUAACGGCACACAGUCAAAGUUUAUACUCCGGAGUCCAGGAGUGCAUCUUUAAAUGUUCAUCGGAGUUAAAGCAGCCGAUGACGGGAUCUGAAGUUUGAAAUCGACACAGCGUUUUGCAGUUCUGAGUGUUUCUACUCGACGUGUGUGUGGUCCUUUUAGGAGGGAAGCUCACACAACGUUGUAGAUGUGUACUCUGCAGUAUUUGUCUCUUUUUUUGAUGUUUCCUAAUGGCGCUUUAACUCAUGAAAUAUUGCAGUUUUAAGUGCGUGACCUUUUGUACUUUGAUAAACUUCUGUUCCCACGCUUCUAGUUUUUGGUUCCUCCAGCCAACCAGCUGAGAGAGCGAUCAUUUACAGCUCCUCCAUGGCGCCCCCUGCUGAGUUCAUGUCAACCAGUAGACCCCCGCACUCAGAAUACAAGUCUCACCUGCUGUUACAGUACCAGUUUAGCUUCACAGAGGUCAGAAUGAGACCCAAUAUGAAGUGUAAAUAGUCGAGAUGCUCUCACCAUUCUGUAUAUUUGCAUCAGCUUUUGACUAAUGUGUUAACUGUUCUUCUAGAGGCUAUUUAUUUAAUACUUUACCUUCUAUUUUUUUUUUUUUUAUCAAAAAUGAACCAAUGAAGGCUGCAUGUGAUUUCUAUUCAAACAGUUAAUUCAGAAUGAUUGAUCAUAACAUGCUACAGUUUAAUUAAUCUGCUGUUAAUCCUUUUCUAGAAGUAAGUAUAACAAUGAGGCUCUGUGUUGUGUUUUUAAUGUGGCUCUGGGGUGUAGCAUCCCUAAUGCUCUUUCAUACACUCAUUCUAAACCUCUUAAUGCUGCGUGUGUGUGUGUACCAACACGAUCACGUUGCUGUUCAUUGCUGCAGCCGGUCUUCAACUAGUUGUCAUUUGGAAAUCAACAUGUUCCCAAACGGAUGAAAUAUCAAAAUCCUGCUCUGUUGACCUGUGAUGUUUGUGAAUGUUUUGGUUAACAGAAUUAUCAGUGGCCUCAUUCUGAUGUUUUGUGGCAUUUAAUGGUUUUAAUGGUCGGAUAUGAAAUAAAUACUAUUUUCUCUCAA